UUUUUACCGCAAUAUAACUUUUCACUCCCCCAUUUCAAUCCACCUGUCACUGUCACUGUCACCGGAUAACAGAUUACUUUGAGAAGAAGAUGGUUUCAAGAGCCAUAGCAUGUGUUGACUGCGACCGAUCUCAGGGGAAGCAGCCAAGACCCAUCGAUCGAUUCUUUAAAAUCAUGUUCGGCGAAGACUGCUCACAAUUUCUGUACUUGCCUCCGGGAUCUGCAAAAAUAAUGAAGCACUUGACUAAUCAGGAAACACAAAUUGUGGAUGUAAAUGGGCAGAAAUGGUCUGUAACACUUUCCCCUGUCAAAGGCUCCCUUGCAUUUAAAAGGGGUUGGCAAAAGUUUUUUCGAGACCACGAUCUCAAAGCAGGAGAGUUCUUGGUAUUCGAAUACUAUGAGGAAAGUGAUUUUGUUGUUCAAAUCUAUGGAACAAGCGCCCGUGAGAGAACAAACUUCAGUUAUAACAUGGCUUGCCAGGGCAAAAAACGUGGAAGAGACCCUGGAACAGCUUCAGAAGAUGAAUCAUGUGAGAUAGUUGGUGUAAAUUCAAGUGAUGAAUCCAUCUCGACCACUGGUGAUGAAUUUCAAAACCGUAAAACCAAGCAUGUGGUUAAAAGUGCUGGCUUGGGGGUUUCUGAACUUCUUCCGAUACCAGUGGACAUUGAGGAUCCAAUUUGUAUGAUCAACAAUAGUGAUUGGUAUCACGAAGAACACAGGAAUUCCUUAUAUGACUUAAGCUUUGAGAUGGAAUACAAAACAUCAGAUGCAAAGAAAUGUGAGAGAGCUGUAAUCACAAUGUUAGACCCUCGUACUGAAACUGAACAGCAUGAUGCCAACUUAGAUAAUGCAUCAGGCCCAAAAUUAUCCCUUUCUUAUAAUCAGGUUCUGGAACUGACCAACCCAGCUCAAGCGGAGCAGACUAAGACAAAUGCAGAGAAUGCUCAAGUGGCUGUGAACAAGGAAACUCUAAUCACAAGUAACAGUGCUGAACUUUCUAGUGACAAGUUGGUGAAAGCUUUGCAUGUGAAAACAGCCCUUUCUCAUACAGUAAAUGGAAAUGAGAUUAAAAAGAAGGUGGAUGACACUCAAAUCGCUCCGCAUUCGCAUCAAGAGGGAGGCCAGUCUGGUGGUGAUUUCAUGAACAAGUUUUAUGAGAAAACUUCUGAUAACAGAAAAAUGAAGAAGGGCGAGUUGGAUAAUGUUUGCAGUUUCCAAGAUGUGGUACCUGUUGCACUAGACAAAGCACAAUCCAUAAGCAAAUCUCCUUUCAUAAAGAUUGCGAAAAGAGAGCAUGCUUCCAUCUCCAACUCAACUGUCAAAAAUCCAUUAGGACUACAUGCUACUACUAUAACGAAGGGAAUCAAGAUGGAAGACAAAGACAAUGUGUUUCUUCAACUACCAACUGGUGGAAAGGAGCCACCAGUGACAUGGAACGAACCCCAGAUGAUUUAUCCACAAGUAGUAAAAGUUGAACCUGAUCUGCCGUAUGAAACAGGCCAAUUGGAUACUACCAAUCGGUUUUUAUCUCCAUUUUCAGCUGAGAUGGAGAGCAAACUAUACCUGGAGCUGCCGGUACCAAUUACAUUACCUCGAAAAAGAUGUAGGAGUCAGCUGAGAUUUUAUUCAAGGAUUGUAUAUCUGAGAGACUCAGUAGGAAGGAUAUGGCCGGUUGUCUACCGUGAAUGUUUUGGUGGUAGAGCAUUAACUGUUAACUGGACUAACUUGUGCGAGCAAAACAACAUUAAGCCUGGGGACAAAUGCCGGUUUCAAGUUGAAGAUAGUUCAUUGUUUGUGUUUAGAGUCGACGUGACACAUGGAUCUGGUUGAAUCCUGAGUCAUGCAGAGCUUGUUGUGUAGCUAUCUUAGCCUUUAGAAGUUGGAAGUACUAGAUGAAGCAAUGCAGAUCUUGUAGGUUUUUUGUAACUUUUUCUUAGUGCACCUGAUUCCCUGAAAUUUGGUGAUGCUACUGUGUCGAUAUUUUGUACCUAUUUGUGUAAUGUGUAUGCUUUUUUCUACA